UGGAAACGUUCCAAAUUCAACUUGAAAACAUGAUAUGUUGGUAGUUUCCUGAGCAGGAGUGAAAUUUCAGGUCACAAUGGCAGCUGACCCUUCCAGUUUGUUGGCGCCAACCGCCCUGAAUACUGACCAGCCUUUACUGACCACACCCACCAUACCAGCUGAUGAAAAUGUUAACCCUACCAAGAAAAAGGGGCGGAGAUCAUGGUUCAUGACCAACACACCUCCGGUGAAGUUGGCAGAUGAGAAUGACCCAAAGCCAGCACCCCCAGACAUAGAGGUGCUGCUGUUGACGCACUUUACCAAGCCACCCAGGAUAGACUUUGGAAAGGAGAAGUUGCAGAAGACAAGAAAGCGACAACUCUUGGUUCGUAACCCUCACGACUACGACCAAGAUGUGGUAGUCGAGAAAUUCCCUUUCAAGAAGAACUUCAGUAUAGACAUGGUGGAGUUCACAGUGGCCGCCAAGAGUGACCUCUGCCUCGAGAUAGUGUGGGAGCCUGCAGAAGAAGGCAACUGCCGCCAGAUGAUUCAGUUUCAUGUCGAUGAUGCAUACAGACUGACAACCAUCGUCUAUGGCACAGCGCUGGCCCCUCCUCAGCCUAAGAGGGUCAGAAAACAUUGGGGCAGUAAAAGUAAACCUUUCGCUGUUCUGCAGUCCAAGAACAUCCCCAACGCAGAGCCAGAGAGGACUUCCUCGGGGAAACAGCAGGAAAAGAUUGCCAAAGCUGCACUGAAGAUUAGCUACGACCAAAAUUCAGUGGACCCCUCUGAUACAGAGAACAAGCAGGCAGCUGUACCUGCUAUCACAAAAUUGGAGGCAGGUGCAGAAACCAAGGAAAACCUGCCAAAUGAGGGCCAUACAGGGGAUCCUGUCCAUUCUGAAGGGUCACUGGAAGAACCUACCUACCACAAAGCAUCAGAUGGUCAUGCCAAGUACUCUGAAGUUGACGUCAUAGUGGACAGUGUGAUAACAGAGACCAUUGUCACAGUGUCCACUCCUGACGGGAAAGUCCUCCGUGAGGUUACCAAGUCUAAGAACACAGUGACUAGGGCUCAGACCACUACCCACUCUCCAGACCACAACAGAGUCCAGAACACCACCCAUGUGACCAGAGAGACUGGAAUUGCAUGUACACCUGAAGUGAGUAGAGAGACUGGAACUGCAAGUACACUCGAAGUGAGUAGAGUGCAGAACAGGACUGGUACGCCAGAGAAAACCACGGCACCACAGGCUACCGCCCUUACUUCUCCAGAAUUGAAGACAGAUUGCAACGUUACGCGCACACCAGAAAUUGUACGAAUCCAGAACAAAACCCACACACCAGAAGUGACCAGAGAAGACAACAGUGACAGAGCAGAAAAUGACAAUGCAACCUACACUUGUGGUGAAGUGUCUGAUUUUGAUUUUACCGCCUUACUGCCUAGAACACCAAAAAAUAUGCGUAGAUCACUGACCUUUACGAAGAUCAAUGAACUGACAGAGGAUGAGUAUGGAGCCCAGCAGAAAACUGCCCAAAUAGCAACUGUGGUGCAAACAGAACUGAAGGUGGUGCCACUGGACUGUCCAAGCCGAGACCAAACAGCAGCUCCAGGGCUGGAGGUCUAUGAAGCUGUAGAAAAGCAGGUCACUGAAACCAAAACUCCUCUGUACCUGGACACACCCCCAGCAGACUACCUGAAGAUGAAGAGGGCACACAUGGAGGACACACCCUCCAAGGUGGGCUACCUCAGUCCUGAUUCCUUCCUCCAGGGGUCCUCCCGACCCCAGCUGUCCCCAGACGAGCCCAACCUGAACACGCCUCUCAACAUGGGCACCAAGCCAGACAUGAAAGUGACCCCCAAUUCGUUCCUCCAGAAUUCCUGCAAGAAGACCCAGCCUCUGACAAGGGAGAUUGCUGUGGAGGUGCAGACACCACUAUGUAGGGAAACAGACCAUGUGGCUCAUGUGUCUCCUAACUCCUUCCUGCAGGAGACCUACACUGCACCCCAGCCCCAGGCCACAUUAGAGCACAGUCCAGGGGAGUUGUUUGACAAAUCCAUCCCGCACGAUGUCCUGGUGCAGCAGCUAGAGACUGUAAAGACGGAGCUGAAGCAGAGGCUGUCCAGCACGCCAAGGAUCGUCCCCAAGAGAUUGAUCUCAGACACAGUGACCAAGGUCAAGCCGGCCAGCGAGGACAUGAACGGUGUUGUUCCCAGGAGCCAGGUGGACCCAGUUAACACCACACCUGAUGUCCCUGAUCCCAGGAGACUGAGCACACUGACUGUCACCAAGACAAAGACAGGUGAGCAGGACAAGGCAGCACUGCUAUGUAAAGGGAAGAAAGAAUUAUUCAGGGACAUUCCUGAGGCCCUAGGACAAAGUCCUCGACGAACCACAUGGACAGUCCAGAAAGAGCAAGAAAUGAGACGGAUUCAGUCAGCAAACUCUCCUGUUUUGUCUCCUGCUCUGCCCUCAACACCACCAAAGGAGGCCCAGGUACCAUCGGUUCCUGUCUUUAAGUAUCCCUUCCCCCAUACCAGCCCCAGAGCCCUGCCAGAGGAGUAUGGCCAGAGUCCCAGGAGAACCACCUGGACAGUGGAUGGUGCUGUGACCAGCACAGCCAGGGGUAAGGCAGCUGCUGCACAUGUUCCACCUCAUGCUGCAUCCAAUGCAGAUAGCCAUCUUGAUGAGGUACAGGAAGAAAGUGACCAAGAGAAAGAAGUGCCUAAUGAAGGUGUCCACUCUGUGGGAAUCUCCCCGAAGAAGAAAAUUGACCUACAAAAUAAAGCUACGGUUCAAUCCAAAGCAACAAAUCCAGCAGCAAAGUUCCAAAAAUCACAGACCAAAGCUCCAUCGUCAUCAGCAUCAUCAAGCGGCCAGGGCCACCUAUCCAGAGCCAUGACGGUGUCUGCAGCAGCCAAGAAAAAGAGAACCCACAGUGCGACGCGCAGCCAGAGUGAAGCCAGGAAAGCUGCAGUGGGCGUGCAGAAGAAGGUGAAGCCAAGUGAUUCUGUGACUUCCCUCAACAAGGACACUGCCGAGUCUAGUGGAGCUCAAGCUGCAGCACCGGUCACACCUGUGAAGUCCAUCUUGUCCACUGAGAGAAAACCUACAAGAACUGAGCAGCUCAGGAAGGCUGUGUCUGCCAAAAAAGCAAAAUCUUUCAAAGAUGCCAAGAAGACCAAGAGACCUGUGAAGGGUCUGGCUCCAUCAAAACUGGUGCUAAUGAAGACGGCAAACAAAACAGCCAUCCCAAGACACCCAAUGCCGUUUGCAUCUAAGAACAUGUACUAUGAUGAGAGAUGGAUAGAGAAGCAAGAGAAGGGCUUUGAGCGGUGGCUGAACUUUAUCCUCACGCCAGAAGAGGAUGUUGGGGAUGGAAAGAAACCCGCCAAAGUUGAUGCUGGCUCCCUGUGUGUGACCUCAGUCACAGUUAACAAACUGGCCCCAACCAAAGAAGUCCUCUCCCUGAGGGCGUACUCUGCCAGGAGGCGCCUCAAUCGCCUGAGGAGAACUGCCUGCUUGCUGUUCCAGUCUGAGACUUUUGUGAUGGGCGUCCGGAAGAUCGAGGUAGAGAUAGAAACGGGUCACCUUGCUGUCAGGAAAGAUCGGAAGCUGCAUGCAGAUCUAGGUAUAAAACAAGUUGUCCUUGACAUGAUUCUCUCCUACAACCCACUCUGGCUGAGGAUAGGACUAGAGACUACCUAUGGGGAGAUCCUGCCGCUGCAGUCGAACCACGACGUACUGGGCAUGUCCAGGUUCAUCUUGACCCGGUUGCUUAGCAACCCAGAGAUCGCGGCCAAGUACUCCCAUCCCACUGUUCCACAUCUGUAUAGAGACGGCUAUGAUGAGGCAUUGGCCCAGUUCACCUUGAAGAAGUUCCUGGUCUUGGUCUUCUUCCUGGACACUGCUAAGAAAGCCAGACUCAUUGAGCACGACCCUUGCUUGUUUUGUAAGGACUCUGAAUUCAAGGCCAGCCGCGACCUCCUCUUGCAGUUCUCCAGGGACUAUCUCCGUGGCGAGGGUGACAUCAUCCGUCACCUUGGUUACCUGGGCUGUCAGAUCACACACGCUCAAACUGCCCUGGACGAGUUUGAUUUUGCCGUCACCAAGCUGUCCAAGGAUCUCAGGGAUGGAGUCAGGCUGGCGAGAAUUGUAGAGCUGCUGACCCGUGACUGGUCACUGUCCAGUCUGCUGAGAGUGCCCGCCAUUAGCCGGCUGCAGAAGAUCCAUAAUGUAGAGGUGGCUCUCAAGGCCCUGGCUAACAGGGGACUGGAUGUGACCACCCCCCAGGGUGGUGCCAUCAACCCCAGGGACGUGGUGGAUGGUCACAGGGAGAAGACCCUGGCCAUGCUUUGGAGGGUCAUCUUUAACUUCCAGGUUGAUGUGCUGCUGAAUCUUGAUCAGCUGCGUGAAGAGGUGGACUUCCUGAAGAAGACUCUCUGUGUGAAGACACACCUCACUGCCGUCCUCAACUAUGAGAAUGAUCUGGGUCUUGAGAGAGGAGGCAGACGAGAAUCCAUGGAGCCAGAUCUGUACUUCAAGAGCAAUGGUUUGAGCCUGCUGCUCAAGUGGUGCAAGGCUGUGUGCGCUUUCUACAAUCUCGAGGUUGAAAAUUUCACUGUGUCAUUUUCUGAUGGCCGUGCCCUGUGUUAUCUAGUCCACCACUACCAUCCCUCCCUCCUUCCCCUAGAGAGCAUCAAGACAGACACAACCCAGUCCUACCAGGAACAGGAGAAUGAGAACUCGGAUGCAGAGGAUAGUUUUCAUGGAACCUGGUCCAUGAGUUAUAGUCCUACAUCUGGAAGGUCUCCAGUGUAUGACCAGCUUCUUGCAAAUGAAAAAGAAAACUUCAAGGUUUUGUAUGAAAAGGUGACGGAGCUUGGAGGCGUCCCACUGAUGCUGAAGUCCACCGAGAUGUCCAACACCAUCCCAGACGAGAAGGUGGUCAUCACAUACGUGUCUUACCUGUGUGGGCGCCUGCUGGACAUCAGGCACGAGACGCGGGCGGCCAGGACCAUUCAGGUGGCCUGGAGGAAGUACAGACUGACCAAGGUCCUUCAGCUUAACCAGGUGAAAGCCGUGGCUGUUGUCAAGCUCCAGAGGGCAGUGAGAUGUUUCUUGAAGAAGCGUUCCUUGGUCAAACAAACUUCUGCAGUCAUCAGAAUACAAAGCUGGUGGAGGGGAGUGGUUGCCAGACAACGUGUUAUCCAGAUGAAACACCAGGUGGAGCUGGCUAGGAAGUCAAGAGCAGCUGUCACAAUUCAGACUACUGUUCGCAAGUUUUUGCUGAGGGGUCACUUGGCAAGGUCCCAUGCCGCAAGAAUACUUGCCAAACAGACAAAGGCAGCUGUGGUGAUACAGUCAGCAUUCCGAGCACAUCGAGAAAAGACAGCCUUCAUUGCCACCAAGAGAGCAGCCAUUGUUCUUCAGACUCACGUAAGAAGAUGCCAGACCAGGGCUGUCUUCUUGAAGUUGAAAGAAGCGGCUUUGCUUAUACAGCAGUGGUAUAGGGCACAGAAAUGUAUGCAGAGAGACAGAAGGGAAUACCAGCAACUGAAACAAGCUGUGUCAACAUUGCAGCAAAGGUACCGGGCACAAAAGGACAUGCAGAGAGGCAAAGAGGAGUUUCAGAAACUCAGGAGAGCUGCCAUUACUUUACAGCAAAGAUACCGAGCGCAGAAAUGUAUGGAGAAAAGCAUGCAAGAAUUCCAGAGACUUAAACAUGCCACCUUGAAACUACAGCAGUGGUACAGAGCACAGAAAUGUAUGCAGAGAGACAAGCAAGAAUACCAUGCAGUAAAACGGGCCGUUUCAACAAUACAGCAGAGAUACAGAGCACAGAAAUGUAUGCAGAGACACAGACAAGAGUUUCAGCAACUUAGACGGGCUGUUUUGGCCAUACAGCAAAAGUACAGAGCUCAGAAGCAGAUGCAAAGAGAAUUUGAAGAAUUUCAGAACCUGAGGCAAGCCGCUUUGAUAGUGCAACACAGGUACAGGGCCCAGAAACUAAUGCAAAGAAACAGAAAGGAAUUCCAUCAACUCAAACGAGCUGUAGUGACAUUACAGAGGAGAUACAGAGCCCAGAAACAGAUGCAGGUGAACAAGGAAGAGUUUCAGCUGUUGAGACAAGCUGUUUUGUUGGUGCAGAGAAAGUACAGAGCCUGCCUAUGUAUGCGGAGAAGCCAACAGGAAUUCAGCCACUUGAAACAAGCCGCUUUAACACUACAGCAGCGUUGGAGGGCUCAGAAGAGUAUGCAGAAAUCCAGGCAGGAGUAUGCAUGCAUGAAGUCUGCAGCAGUCACAGUACAGAGUGUGUUCAGAAUGUGCCUGGAGAGACGCAGGUAUGAGCAGCUCAGGAGGGCAACCGUCAAGGCUCAGGCUCUUUGGAGGCGGAGAAUGGCUCGCAGGAGGUACAAGGUGUUGCAGAGGGCAGCACUGGUUCUCCAGACAAGACUGAGGGCAUGGUGGCUUGGCCAAGAGCAGCGCCUACGCUACAACAUUCUCCUUGGAGCAACUAUCACCUUACAGGCUGCCUGGAGAGGUCAUGUGAUCCGGGAGGCAUAUCUUCGUCAGCACAAUGCAGCCAUUUUGAUCCAGUCUGCUGUGAGGAGAUACAUGGCUUCGCGGAGAUUCAAGGAGCUAAGACAAGCUGCCGUGAUCAUCCAGAGAAGGUUCAGAGAGAAGAUGCUGUGCAGGUCUUGGUUCAUGUACUUCCACAUCCACCGUGGUGCAGCCAUCGUCAUUGCUGCAGCAGUUAGAGGCUGGAUUACCAGGAGACGCUACCUAGCAAUGCAACAGGCAUGUCUUACCAUACAGAAGUACGCCAGGGGUUGGGCAGCUAGGAAUCAUUUUGAAGAAACUAAAAAAGCAUGUGUCACCCUACAGAAGUACACCAGAGGAUGGGUUGCUAAGAAACAGUAUUUGAAAACCAAAAAUGCCUGUGUUACCUUACAGAAGUACACUAGGGGCUGGGUUGCUAGGAAACACUACCUAGAAACAAAAAAGACUUGCAUUACCAUCCAGAAGUACAUCAGGGGCUGGGUUGCUAGGAAACGGUACCUAGAUACAAGACAGGCCUGUGUCACCAUGCAGAAGUACGCCAGAGUCUAUAUUGCUAGGAAGCAUUAUGUAGAAAUCAGAAAUGCUGCCCUUGUCCUACAAACAUAUGCCAGAGCCAAGCUGCAGGCAAGGAAGGAGAGGGUGAGAUACACCCAGCAGCGCCAGGCAGCCAUUGUGAUCCAGGCUGCUUACAGGGCCAGGAGGGCCAGGCAGUAUGUGCGCUAUCUACACUGUGUUAUCAGCAUGCAGGCACGUGUCAGGGCCACCAUUGCCAGGAACAGGUACCUGCGCCUCAGAGCCGCCUGUGUGACGCUCCAGGCCUGGGUCAGGGGCCGUCUUGUAGCAAAGAGGUAUCACGCUGUCCGCCAGGCCACAGUCAGCAUGCAGAGAGUUUACAGGUCCAACAAGCUGGCCAGAGAGGUGCUGAUGGAGUAUCAGAAACUAAGACAGGCUUGCAUAGUACUCCAAGCCGCCACCAGGGGGCUGAUGGUCAGGAAAGAGAUGGCGAGGAAGCGGCAGGCAGCCAUAUUGUUACAGAGCUGGGUGAGAAUGAAGCAGACAAGGGAGAAGUUUGUUACCUUGAGGAAUGCAGCUUUGGUCAUACAAGAGAGAUUCAGGGCCCAUGCUAAACAAUGUGAAGAGAGAAAGGCCUUUCUAGAUACAAGAUCCAAAAUAGUAGCAAUUCAGAGCGCAGUUAGAUGUUUUCAGGCAAGAAAAGCUUAUCUAGACACCAAAGCUAAAGUCAUCACAAUACAGAGUGCCAUUAGGCAGUAUCUAGCAAGACGGAGAUACCAGAACACAAAGAAAUGUGUAGUGAUAAUGCAGAGUGCCAUUAGAAGGCAUCUAGCAAGAAGAGCCUAUCUUAACACAAAGACGAAAGUGGUGAAGAUGCAGGCUAUAGUUAGGGGGCAUCUAGCAAGACAGGCCUACCUCAGCACAAGGGCUAAAGUGGUGAAACUACAGUCCCAUGUCAGAGCUUAUCAACAGCGGAGGCAGUUUUUGACUGUUAAAGGAGCAGCGAUCACUAUUCAGCGUGUGUGGAGGGCAGUGUUGCUGACCAGAGAAGUCAGGAGGGAGUACCAGAUUGCUGUUGGAGCAGCCAUUACCAUCCAGGCUGCAGUGAGGGGACACCAGGUGCGGUGUUGCUACGCCAGGAUGAGGCAAGCUGCCAUUAGGAUCCAGUCCUUCGUUAGAGGAGCCUCAGCAAGAGACAGAUACCACAGACAGAUGAGGGCCGUGAGGGUGUUGCAGCAACAUACCAGGGCUGUGAUCAGAGGGAGAAAGGAGAGGAGGGAAUUCCUGAUCAGAGUUGGCGCUGCCAUUACCAUCCAGGCCUGGGUCAGAGGUCACAUGGUUAGGAACAAGGUGAAGGCCAUCAGGGCAGCCUUGGUCAUCCAGAAGGUGUAUCGUGGAUACAGGCAGAGGAAGCAGUACCAGGCUAUGAGAGGGGCUGCCAUUAUGCUCCAGUCUUACAUUAGAAGGUUGAUUGCACAGAAGACCUAUAGAAGACUGGUUUGUGAGCACAGAGCUGCAGUUUGUAUUCAGAGAGUUUACAGAGGAUACAGACUCCGCACGGUGCUGGAGGAACAGAGACAAAAGAGGGCAGCAGUGUUGGCCAGAGUGGUAGAGGUGGCAAAGACACACCUUGCUGCCAUCAGGCUGCAGAGGUCCUACAGGAACUACAGAACCAUGCUGGUGGCAAGGCAGAAGAUUACUUCUGUCCUGAUACUGCAGAGAUGGAUCCGUGCCAAGCUCCAGCGUGUUCACUACUUGAAGCUGAGAGCUGGCAUCACCAGGCUACAGUCUGUAGUGAGACAGAGGCUGGCGUGCCGCCACCAGGCAGCAACCUCUAUACAGGCCUUGGUGCGGGGCUGGCAAGGACGAAGACAGGCUCAGAAGUGGCAGGAUGCAAUAGUCACUAUACAGGCUGUCUGGAGAGGACGAAAGACGAGGCGCCAGAUGAAAGACAAGAAAGUGAUCCAGGUGCGCAAACGGCUUAAGGAGGCCACAAUGGCAGCAACAGAGGAGAAGAAACUUUGUAACCGUACCACGUCAGCACUGGACUUCCUGCUGCAGUACAAACAGCUGUCCUACAUCCUGGAGGCUCUUGUACAUCUGGAUGCUGCCACCAGGCUGUCAUCUCGGUGCUGUGAGAGAAUGGUGGAAGGGAAUGCAGUGGGGGUCAUCUACACCCUGAUCAGGAGCUGUAACAGGAGUCUGCCCCACAUGGAGAUCAUCAAAUACUCUGUGAACAUUCUGCUGAACCUGGCCAAGUAUGACAAGACCCGUCAGGCGGUGUACCAGGUCGAGGACUCUGUGGACACCUUGGUUGAGCUGAUGCAGAUCUACAGAGACAAGGGCAGCAGCAUCUUCUGCAAGGUGUGCACACUGAUGGGGAUAUUGUGUCAGGACAGGGCCAGGAGAGAGGAAAUUCUAAAACUACCCAAGAUGUCUGACCGUUUGCGCAGCAUCCACACGCUGACAUUGCGAAAGCACAGCUUGAAUGAAAACAGGCUCAUCAAAAAAUCCAAGAUGGCUGCAACAAAGAGCUAUCCUGGGUCCACAUAUGUGCCUUUUACGCCUUCAAAGCGACCAAUGAAAAUCAGGCCAGACUGGAUCUUGAGAAGAGACAAAAUGAAUGACGUCAGCGAUCCUUUGCAUGCUGUCACCUUUGUGAUGGAAUCUCUACAACUUUCUGCCAAGUGAUUUCAAUAAAAGCAAGGCAGAAUGUGUUCUUUAACUGUCACAGACUGUGUGACAGCUGCACAUAUACUUUCGAAAUAAAGUGGAUGGUCUCCAAAUGGUGGUGCCGACAAAUAAAACUCGUGAUACAGUUUUAGUAUUUUGGCAAAAUGCACAAAAUGGAGUCCUCUGACAAUAGAUUUUGUAUGUAUGUCUCUUCUGUGAAAUGUUUAAUCUCUCUAACAUUUUGUUAAUGGCUUCAAAUUUAAGCAAUUUUAUUGGAUUUUAGAAUAUACAAAUAAUGUUAUGGCUACAUCUACUAAGCUUUGUACAUGUACACCAUGUAUGUCAGAUUUGAAUUGUAUAUGUUUUAUAGUUAUUUUACCACUUCGGCUUAUUAUAUCAUGUUAUUGAGCUUUGAUAAUUCAUCAUAAAGGUUGCUAUUUUUUUAAAGAUGUAUGGGUGAAUGUGACAGCACAUGAAAGAGACUGAUGUAGUCCAUGGAAACUAUUUGUGAUGACUGUGGACGAAUAUUACAGAUAUCAAUUGGAACAGUUGUGUGAAGUUUAACAGUGCUUAAAUGAAAAAAAAAAAAAACAUGAUCAAGUAGCCUUA